UGGUCCCAUCGACUGCUUUUAAUCAGUCUACUCUGCUCGCCAUGUCUGGCUUGCUUCUCAGUCCCUUUCCCCUGGCCGGGAACGAUCAUAUUGGACUAUUCGGCGCCGACAAUGGACUUGUCGCGAGGAGCACCGGCUCCACCGAAGGUCCGGAUUUCACACUCGUGCGAGAGAUGUGCCAUGCGCAAGGUCAAGUGUGAUGCGCUUCAGCCUGUUUGUACCGCAUGUCAAAGGCAUAAUGCCGAAUGCAAGUAUCGCAUAUUGGCACCGCGGCAGCGAAGGAAGAAAACGGACCGCAGCCAGGUCCUGUUGGGUCGUUUCAAGCAGUAUGGCCGGCCACUCGAGCAGAAGGACAAUGCGGAGUCUGGCGGACUCUCACCCGUCGACUCUGGUCUGUCCAAAGGUCGAUUAGUUCAGCAUGGGAAGCGCUCGAAGCUUUUUGAGAAUGGUCUGUGGACAAGAGUGGUGGAGGAGCUGGCCGAGCCAAUGGAAGCAUUGGAGUGUUCCUCGGACGAAGAUGCAGAUGACGCAGACGAAGCCGAAUACAACAACAUGGACUAUCUACUCUGUAUGGCGCCGUCCACCAUCGGCAUCGAAACCCUCCAUCCCUCUAGCGACCAGAUUUUGCAGUUGUGGGACGUUUUCCGAGCAAACGUGGACCCAUUGACCAAGAUAAUUCACGCCCCUUCGCUAGACAAAGCCGUCCGAAAAGCCUCGUCAGUCCCCAAUCUGCAAAGCCUCCCGCGAAGCCUGGAAUGUUUGUUAUUUGCCAUCUACAGCACGGCAAUCCUCUCACUCAAAGAUUUUGAGUGUCGAAGACGGUUCAACGAACCACGCAGCACAAUGCUCUCUCGAUACCGGACAGCAACAAAAGCGGCGCUCUCCAAAGCGCGAUUCAUCGGAUCCACCAAUCUCGCGGUCUUACAAGCAUUUAUCUUACACAUUUUCUCCGUUCGAGACGUCUACGACUCGCGCACCGUAUGGACGUUGACGGGGCUAGCACUCCGCAUGGCCGAAGGAAUGGGUCUGCACCGUGACGGGACGGUGUUAGGCCUGAAACCGUUCGAGGCCGAGAUCCGCCGUCGGAUCUGGUGGCAGUUGCGCAUGAUGGACGGGCGAUCAAGUGAGCUUAGCGGACUAAACAAGACGCGCAGUCUGGACGUCGACCCACACGCCCCCAAGAUGCCGGCCAAUGUGGACGACGACGAACUGUUUCCCGAGAUGACGGCACUCCCUGAAGACAAUCCCCAUCGCGCUACAGAUAUGGCCUUUUGUUGCGUGCGGUUCGAGGCGCGCAAGUUGUGUGCCCAGAGCGUUCUCCGCCAUGGCGGGACGGGAUUGGGCGUGACGACCUUGUUGGAUAGUCUGGCGCCCGAGUCGGACGAGGAUAUCAGGGCUCGCGACGACUUUAUCAGGAAUAUCGACCAUAUUCUCCAGGAAAAGUAUGUGAGGUAUUGUGAUCCGACAAGGCCGGUCCAGCUCAUGGCUACUUUGGUCGCGCAGGGGGCCGUCAGUUUGUUGUCUUUGACGGCUCAUCAUCCGAGGAGAUGGGGGUUGAAAAAUCAAUGCCAACAAAUGAGCCAGAGUCAGAAUGACGGUGAGAAAGACGUAACGAUUCCUCCUCCAGCCGAACGUCGUUACGUCUGGGACUUGACUUUGCGCGCCAUCCAACAAUGGCGAUGGGUCCACUACAGUCAAGAAUUACAAGGUUUCACAUGGCACGCGGGCUUUUAUUUCCACUGGCACGCCUUCAUUCAUAUUCUGGACACGUUGAGGACUGACCCUCUGAUUGAAGAUGCUGAAGAUGUUUGGGCUCUGGUCAGUGACGUCUUUGAGAUUUCUCCGACUUAUGUCACAAACACGAAGAAGGCGUUGCAUGUUGCCAUUGGUGCACUGUGUCUUAAAGCGUAUACGGCCCGUGAAGCGGCUUUGAGCAAGGCCGGGCGUCCUUUGCCACGGCAGACUCCGUGGUAUAUCGAGACGUUGCGGGAGCAGAGAGCAGCUGCUCGCCGGAAGAAGAUGAUGAAGGAACAGAAGAGGCAAGUCUUGAGUGAUACUACGACGACGAUGACGACGUUAGGGACAAGGCGCCAUGUUGGAACUGGAGCUGGAACUGGAUCCGGACCUGGACCUGGACCAGGAGACUCAGGUGUUGGUGCGCGGGUAGGUAACAACGAUGAUUUAAGGGCAGUGCCGGGGAUCCCACAACGGCAGUCUUCAUCGUCCUCCCCUUCGGUAUCGUCACUGUCACAAUCGACUCCGGCCGGUGUUCCUGGUGCUUCAACUACGGGGUUGAGAUCUGGCCAAACCCAACACCAGUAUCAACGCCAGCAAUAUCGCAGUGGUAAUGGCAAUGGCAACCCGGACCACAACCGCAACGAUGCGCCUGAGCCUGAGCCUCUCCCGUUCACAGAAUCAAACCGAGAACAGGGCGCAGACACAAACUCCCAAUCCCAACCCCCAUCGUGGCCCACUACCACCACCGCCACUACUACCACAACGACGCCGUCCCCAAUCAACUCCUUCGAUACAUUGAUGCAGCAACCUCCAUUCUACGCCUACAACGACGCCUUUGACAACGACGACGAUAAUCUCGAGAUGAUGUUGAUGAUGAUGGACAGCAAUCAGAACCAUGACCAUCAUCUGGUCUACGAUCAAGGGGCGAUCGAUUGGGUCAAGUGGGAUGCUUUGUUGAAUGAUUUCACCUGACCUUUUUUUCCCCAUGGCCGUUCGGUUCGGUCUUUGCCUUCCUAUGGACCUCGACCUUGAAACCGAGACGCCUUUCGACAUGCCUGCAACAACAGAACACCACAUUCUCCGGUCAUUUUUAGUCUUUACAUGAUUGCCUGAGUGGGUUGACCUGGGUGACUGAAGUCUGACUAACUGAGGGGACGGAAUUAAUUGAACUUGUCUGAUUUUGUCUGUUCCGGCCGUCGAGAACAUAUGAUUGCGGUUCAAAUAGUGAGCUCAUAAAGCGCUAUCACUACUAGCUAUCUAGGUACUCUAGUGAGCGAGCGUGAGUGAGUGAUCGGAGUGCUAUUCGUGGCAUCACUCAGUGGUGUGUGUACUUACUUGUACUUGUACUUUACUCCUAAUCAACUCGAUUUGCAUCACUUCAAGCUUCAA